AUGAAUAGCACGUCUGUCCUGCCAGCUGUGUGCUUUCUCCCACCCAAAGGAAGCAGUGGAGACUCAGACAGCAAAGCCUGGAGUCGCCCACGCAGUCUGUUCGGGCACUCGGUACGUGCGAAGGCAAUUGAGGGAAGCAAGAUGGAAUCAGCAAGAGAAAUCAUCGAUCUUCAACCUGGGAACCCCAACCCCAGGAGGAGCCAGCCCAUCAACCUGAACCAUUAUGCCACCAAGAAGAGCGUGGCAGAGAGCAUGCUGGACGUGGCUCUCUUCAUGUCCAAUGCCAUGCGGCUGAAAACGGUGCUGGAGCAGGGGCCGUCCUCUCAAUACUAUGCCACCCUCAUCACCCUCAUCAGCAUCUCCCUGCUCCUGCAGGUCGUCAUCGGAAUCCUCCUUGUGGUCAUUGCGCGGCUGAACCUGAAUGAGGUAGAAAUGCAGUGGAAACUAAACCAGCUCAACAAUGCUGCCACCAUCUUGGUCUUCAUCACUGUUGUCGUCAAUAUCUUCAUUACAGCUUUCGGGGCACAUAAGACAGGGUUCCUGGCUGCCAGGACCUCAAGGAAUCCUCUCUGA